AUGGAUGACAUUGGAGAAUACGAUGAUUACGAGUGGGAUAAUUGGGAAGAAACUAAUUUAGAUAACGAUGACUUAUACAAAACAGGAUUGGAAGAUCUAGAUAGACAGGAUGACGAAUUAUGGAUGACGGAUUUUAAAAGAAACAACGAAGAUGAUACAUCUACCAAAAGAAAAAGAGAAACUAAUUUUCUAUAUACGACCGGAUCAUCCGUCCAAUUAAAAUCUGAAUAUUUAAAAAAACUUUUUACAGAAAACUAUAAUUUAAAUCCGAACGACGGAGCGAAUUCAAAAGAUCUAUUUUCUCGACUGGAUGUUGUCGAUAAAUACUGGUUGACGUUCGAUAAUGUUAAAGUUGCAUACAUCGAUAGAAAUGGAAAAUAUUCCCUAUCAAAAAAUACAUCGAACGUACAGGGACUAAAAGAUUUUAGGAAUGUCUUUGAAAAAGCAACGGAAGAACAUCGAAAAACAUUAAAUAGUAUUACGGAAGAAGAAACAGGCAGAAAUAUCGAUGCUAUUUCUAACGAUGUCCGUGAUGAAAUUCAUCGUGAAAAUGUCGACGAUAACAUUGAAUUUCACGACCGUGUUUUACAGUUCCACAAGAACGGGAAAUUCACCGAACAGGAAACGAGAGAAUUGGUGGGAGUUACGAAACCCAAAGGAAAACCCGAAGAAAGAAUAAAAUAUUUAAAAAUAGAACGUGAAAAAAUCAAACAAGAUUAUAAGGAUGAAUCCGAUCCCGAUCGACGAUCCAUCUUUCGCGAAGCCUUGGAAAUCGUCGAUCAAAAUAUCGACGAUGCAAAAUUGGAAAUGCGACGACGUCCCGAAUCUGAGGAAGGUAUUCACCGCGUUCGCGAAAAAGUACGCGACGACGUACGAACGAGAUUUGAAAAAUUAAAAACAUGGGCAAAAGAGAAUUUAGGAGUUUUAUCUGUCAUUGCAAUUUCCAUUGCGGGGAUUAUUACGACCGUUGUCGUCGCGGGAAAAAAGACGUUGGUCGGAACCGCGAAAGGAUUAGGGGAAGUCGGAAAAGCGCUGGCCAAAGUAGCGAAAGCCGCAUUACCCGUUUUCAUACCCAUCUUGAAUAUGCUGGCAACCAUCUUAAAAUGGGGGGCGAAAGGAAUAGAAUUUUUAGCGAAAAAUUUAUGGAUUCUCGCAAUCCUGAUCGCGGGCUUUCUGUACGAUUAUUUUACGAAAAAGAAGAAGUAA